AACAGCUCGAGUGGUGGUAGUCGAAGGCGAAAUUUUUUUUUUAUCGCCACCACCAGUGUCUGGAAGCAAGCAGGAGAAGAAGACGGUAUGUCGUCGAUUGCUGUCAUCACAUACUUCCCGGUAAAGUCGCCGUGAGGUGUAAAGAAACGUGACAUUGCUCGGACAGCGCUGUUAAACUGCUACAAAAAAAAAAAACACCCACGGUGGACCUGCCAGUCCCAGAGACCUGCCUGGCUCCAGAUUAAGACAACGCGACCCGGACUGAUAUAUCUGAGAUCUGCAACCGAAAGCCGCAACAAUCACCAGGAGUCAUCACGUCCUGUUAAGGCUUCAAAUUCUAGUCCAGCAAACAGACAUCAUGUCUUCCAGGGAUCGCCGGUCUGACGUCUACAUCAAGGCAGAACCGAGCAGUCCGGAGGGAGGCGGAGGAGGGCGAACCAGUCCCGGAGGAGCCUCCUCCGAUUCCUCCCAGAGUGGAGGUGGAGAGACCAGGGGAGACUGUGCUAAGCGCUAUUCACCACCGCUUUACACACCAGCCUUGCGUUGCCACUUCAAAGACGAAAGCGGCGAUGGGGCGGAUGAGGGAUCCACUGGAAACGGAGCUGGUCGUUGCAAGUACGCCCUCAGCACGCUACCCAAGAGGCUGUGUUUGGUCUGCGGGGAUGUGGCAUCAGGUUACCACUACGGCGUGGCUUCCUGUGAGGCCUGCAAAGCCUUCUUUAAGAGAACCAUCCAAGGUAACAUUGAAUACAGCUGUCCCGCAUCGAAUGAGUGUGAGAUCACCAAAAGGCGCAGAAAGGCUUGCCAGGCAUGCCGCUUCACCAAGUGCCUCAAAGUGGGCAUGCUGAAAGAAGGAGUUCGUCUUGAUAGGGUUCGAGGUGGACGACAGAAAUACAAAAGGCGCCCUGAAGUGGAGAAUGCAACUUACCAGAGUGUUCCCCUGCCACUGACUAAGGAGAAUGAAAAGGGUUCGUCCAACAUCAUUGUGUCUCACCUGUUAGUCGCAGAGCCAGAAAAGUUAUUUGCCAUGCCUGACCCCCUCCAGCCUGACACAGCCCAGCGCACACUUACGACCCUUUGUGACCUUGCUGACCGUGAACUGGUUGUCAUCAUUGGCUGGGCCAAACACAUUCCAGGCUUCCUGUCGCUGUCGCUGGCAGACCAGAUGUCUGUGCUACAGUCGGUUUGGCUGGAGGUGCUGGUGCUGGGUGUGGCGUACCGCUCACUUGGCUGUGAAGAUGAGGUUGUCUUUGCCGAGGAUUUUGUCCUAGAUGAGGAAAUGUCUCGUGUUGCAGGCCUGACGGAGCUAAAUGCAGCAAUUAGUCAACUCGCCCGACGUUUCCGCACCCUUAAUGUGGACCGAGAGGAGUUUGUCAUGCUAAAAGCCAUCGCGCUAACUAACUCAGACUCUGUUUACAUCGAGGAUAUGGAAGCUGUGCAGAAGCUUCGGGACCUCCUCCACCAGACCCUGCUGGAGCUGGAGUGCCAGCGCCGCCCAGACGAUCCCCAGCGAGCGGGACGGCUUCUCCUGACGCUGCCGCUCCUCAGACAGACCGCCGGCCGGGCUCUGACUACAUUCUAUAGCAUCAAGACGCGUGGCGGCAUACCCAUGCACAAACUAUUCUUGGAGAUGCUUGAAGCCAUGAUGGACUCUCCCUAGAGGAGAGCACAUCAGGAUGACACAGAGACUGAGCAGUGUUCUUAUCUAGUCUUUGAGUGGAUGAGUUGUUUGUCACAAAGGAAAUGUGUUAUUUGAGAAUUAUUCAUGAGGAAGGGUUUUUUUCCCCUUACACAAUGAGAGAAAUGGUUUAAAAAGAAAGACUUUGCCAGCUCUAAAGCUGUCGCCGUCGGACUUCAGGCAAGCACCCUCAAGAUCCACAAAAUGUGUGGAAAUACUAAAGAAUGCCAAGUUCUUUGCAGUGGCUUCCAUGGUGUGUUUCAUCACGGCAUCAUUCUGCAAUUGCAUAACCACUGGAGAACAUGGAAGUAGCAAGAACUGACUGCAGUCAUGUGGCUUUUGAACUUUGUGACUCAUGAAAGCCAUACAUCCGGCAAGGACUUGAAGGUCCACUUUAGUACACAGGGUGCAUUCGUCUGCUAUAGCUUAGUGCGCCGUUGUAGGCAGUUUUUUUUUUUUUCGGACUUUCUCGCAAUACGUUAAAAGCAAUAUAAUGACUUGAUCAUUGUCUGUCACCUUAAGAUGUGGAUAAUACAGUAAGUUACAUCCUAGUUAGUUGUGUGUCUAGUUGUGUCCCCCCCCCCACUCUCAGGACCCCAAGUAUGUUAUUUUAUUCCAGCCGUAGACUGGUUUGGACUUGGGAAGAGAAAAGCUAUUAAGAAUGUGGGAAGUUGGGAACCAGAAGAGGUGCACAUUUAAAAAAUGUCCAUAAAAAUCCACUACUUCUGUUUGUUAAUCCUUCUGGAACGUAGGGAAAAAAAGGCUUCCAUUUGCAGUCGCAGCCAACAAGCUAAACUUCGACAGUGUGGCAACAUAUUUGCUAUUUUUUUCCUUGGCCGACUUCACUAGAUCUUACCUUGUUAUGGACCUUAGCAAUGCUGCUCCUGAAAAUGGUCUGCGGGCCAUCAUAUUAUUUAGCUGCAUUUUCUGCAGUAGGGAAAGAGUUGCUUCAAUGUGUGAUCUUUUGUGUUUGUACGUGUUACUUUAAAGCACCUGCAAUGGGCUCAGGGGCAACUAGAAAUGCAACAUAUGCAACGUUAUGUAUCGAAUAUUGACUACAUACUCCACAGCUCUACUCAGCCCUCUUUAUCGCAUUGUAAACUUUCAAAAUAAGGGGCUGUCAUAAGAAUAUUUUCAUUCAAUGUAUAGACUUCCUGAAAACAAUAUUCAUCAUUGGCCAAAGUGCCAUUAAUCACUUGAUGGUUACAGUGAAAUACAUUUUAGAAUGUAAGGUCAUUAAAGCCAGCAAAUGUGACAAUUUCAUACAUGUUCCUUUCUAGGCUUUCUGGAUGUGUAUGAUGGAGUAAGUGAAUUAUGAGACGGAGAUUUAAAAGAUCCUAGUCUAGGACGUUAGGAAUACUGCUUGUGUUUUACUGUAAGCAAUGCGGUUUGAAAAGCUGACCAUCAAGACGUCAUUACAUGGAUUAAAAUGACAUGUUUGCUCCCUACUCUUUUGAUUUCAGAUCUUCUGACCUGUCCGUUUAAAUUUGGAUUUUGGAAGUCAUUAAAUAUUGUGAAGUUGGACAAAUGUCUGUCCUGUGAGAACCGAAUUUGGAAACACAUGUUUAAAAAACAUAAUUUUACAUCAAAAAAAAAUAAAUCGUCAUAUUAAUACUGUAUGUUUUAUGUAAAUGUUCAAGUGGAGGUCACUGAAUUCAACUACGGAUUGGACCAGGGUUCAUUUGCUGUCUUGCAGGUGCAAUGAUAAGCGUAUUUCUAGUUUCUGUGUACAUGAAUAUAAAUUAGCAAUACAAUAAAUUACCUUGUAUAGACACUGUAUACAGUUAACUUCGCCACUUGCGACAAAUAGCCACUAAUCAUUUAGAAGCUGAAAGCAAUGUUUGUAUUUUGACAGACUAUUUAAAUGAUUAAAUUCUAUUUUUUACUCAAUUUACUGUUUGUUGACACCACUUUAUUUUCAUGUGGGUUAUUGACUGUGAAUUUCUGUGUCAGUUUUGGUUUCUUUUACAGUUAGAUUUUAAAAAAGUUGUUCUGGUGUCCUUGUCAAAACUAGUCUACAUUAAAAUCACUGUGAAUAAAAGUGAUACAGUCUACUGUUUGAGCCAACAGGGAGUGGAUUAU